GAGUACCAGGGACAAGUUUCAAACUCAAAUCUGUACUUGGAUUAGACCGCAGAACCAUACUUUUACUACAUUCUCACUAAACAGUGAAAAUGUCUGCAACGCUCCAGAAACUCAUCACCCCAUUAUUUAAGGGCCUUCCAGAGCCCCCAAGGAACAAGGUGACAGUGGUGGGUGUGGGGCAGGUGGGCAUGGCCUGUGCUGUCAGCAUCCUGCUCCGGGAGCUGGCAGAUGAGCUGGCUUUGGUGGAUGUGUUGGAGGACAAACUGAAGGGAGAGAUGAUGGACUUGCAGCAUGGUAGUUUGUUCCUCAAAACCCCCACUAUAGUCGCAGACAAAGAUUAUUCAGUGACUGCAAACUCUCGCAUCAUCGUGGUGACGGCCGGGGUGCGACAGCAGGAGGGGGAGAGUCGACUGAACCUGGUCCAAAGAAACGUGAACAUCUUCAAACACAUCAUCCCUCAGAUCGUCAGAUACAGCCCUGACUGCAUCAUACUCGUGGUCUCCAAUCCUGUUGAUGUGUUGACAUAUGUAACAUGGAAGCUGAGUGGUCUACCUAUGCAUCGAGUCAUUGGGAGCGGCACAAAUUUGGACUCUGCGCGGUUUCGUUAUUUGAUGGCGGACAAACUGGGCAUUCAUCCAAGCAGCUUCAACGGCUGGAUCCUGGGAGAACAUGGAGACACCAGUGUGCCUGUUUGGAGUGGGACAAAUGUGGCUGGAGUCAAUCUGCAGACACUGAAUCCAAAUAUUGGCACUGACGAGGACGAGGAGAACUGGAAAGAGACUCACAAAAUGGUGGUGGACAGUGCAUAUGAAGUGAUCAAACUGAAGGGGUACACAAACUGGGCCAUUGGUCUGAGUGUGGCUGACCUCACAGAAAGCAUUAUGAGGAACAUGAACCGACUCCACCCUGUCUCCACCAUGGUCCAGGGCAUGUACGGAAUAGGCGAGGAGGUGUACCUGAGCCUGCCUUGUGUCCUGAAUGGAGGGGGCGUGUCCAGUGUGGUGAACAUGACUCUGACACAGGAGGAGGUGGGCCAGCUGCGGGACAGUGCCAGCACCCUGUGGGAAAUACAGAAAGACCUGAAGGACCUCUGAACGGACAGUAGGGGGCGGCAUCUUCAACCCCUUCGCUUUAGCCCUGUCUCCUGUCAUAGCUAUCUACAGACUACAGAUAGUGUGUAUUCAUUUGACCAUUUAACUCUAUAAAUAACUUAUAGCUUUUACCACAGCACUAUGUUAUUCUUUUGUUCUAACUACCGCAUUUGCAAAAUACUGUCUAAACAAUUAUAUGUAGCUUAAAAUAAUGUGGAGAAUAUAAAAUGUACAUCUUGUAUUUUGUGGUCCAUAAAUGAUGAAUUAUACAGAGCUAUCUUAACAAUUAUUGUGUAGCACAGCCUAAUUUAUUAAGUUAUUUCAUUUAUUAUUGUCUGAUAAUGCUAUAACCGCAAAUUAUGUGUUUGUUCUUUUACUUAUUCACCAAUUUGAAAUAUUUUGUUUAAUACUUCUUACCAUGUGUUCUCUCUCCUUUCAUCCAAAUAUAGAUGUACAGAUAAGUGCUCUAUUUAAAUUAAUUUAUUAGUAUAUAAGCAACAGUAUCUUCCUUGUUCGUAACUAGAUAUAAAAUCUACACCACCUCAGGAUAUCUCUGUUGUAGCUGUGCCCCCCCUUUAACUCAUUAAUGAUAAGCUUAAACACAUAAACUAAAUAGUCAAAACUUUAUUCAGUGUUUUCCACAAUUUUGUACUUAAAUUAUGGUGAUCCGCGACUGGAAAAAUAUCUAUGUACAUUUUAUGGAGUUAAAAUGUAACUUAAUGUGUUUACUUCAUCUUAAAUCAUUCUACA